AUGCAUUUCUCCAGCUACCUACUCAUAUCGGCUCUUGCCAUGGUUGCAAACGUUGCAACCGCCUCCCCACCUCCACUCAACGAGCUUAGUCGUCCAGCACUCAAAGACUCAACCAUUCUGCGCUCGACAGUGAGCUGCCCUGACUGCCCUGAGAGAAACUGCUACAAGUGUACUCUCGGCCACAACAACACCCUCCUUGCCAACACCGGCGGCCUAGCCUACAUCCGCACUCUUGUCGGCUUCCAGCUCCCUGUCCCAACCAAGAAGGUCAAGAAGUGCACCGUCCAGUUCCCUGCUUUUGUCCAACGAAUCCAAACGGCAAUCAACGUGACCGUCUCUGAAGCUAUGUCCUCAAACUGGGAUGAAGAUACCGUCACUGGCGAAAACGCCCCCGACAGCGGAGAGCCCUUCUCCUCCCUUCUUGUCCCAGCUUUGAACAACAUGGGUCCUCUCGAUGUCACCCAGGCAUGCAAGGCUGCUGCUGAUAACGGUGACUUUUCCAUCUUUGUCGGCACCCAGUUUGGCCGAAUCGAGAUCUGGUCCAAGGAUUCCGGCAACCCAGCCAUCCUUCAUACCUACUACAAGUGA